CGUAAUGACGUCAGUGCUGCGUCACGUAAUCUCCACACAGGCCUCGCUUCCAUGCGCCGCGGCGCCGCGAACUGUCACCGGGAGAAACGAAGGGCAUCCGGAAUACCGGCGGAGAGGGGAGCCGCUGAAACUCGUCUCUCGAGGGGACAAACUCACCAGUGGUCAGUGGACAUUACAUCACUCCCUCUCAGAUCUUGGACACACCUUGUGGACUACCUUCUUUUCCUGUUCUCUUGAGGUAGAGGACGUCCGGCCCGUCGGACUGACACCACUCUGUGUGUGUGUGAUACUUUAAGGACUUCUCAUGCAUCGUUUAAGGACUUGUGCGGCGCGAUUGCGUCCGCUCACCGCCUCGCAGGCGGCUCAGACUGUCAGCCAGCAGAGGCCAAUCACAGUCGCCUCCACAGGUGGCACAAGGACGUUUCAGCCAAUCAGGUGCUACACUGCACCUGUGGCCUCAGAGCCGUUCCUGAAUGGGACGAGCUCCAACUACGUGGAGGAAAUGUACUACGCCUGGCUGGAGGACCCCAAGAGUGUUCACAAGUCCUGGGAUGUAUUUUUCAGGAAUGCUAACGCCGGUGCUCCUCCCGGUGCUGCCUACCAGUCUCCUCUGGGUCUGUCAUCCGCUCCUCAGCUCUCCUCUCUGGUCGGAGCUCAGCCCAACGUGGAGAAGCUGGUAGAGGAUCACCUGGCUGUCCAGUCCCUCAUCAGGGCCUAUCAGAUUCGAGGGCACCAUGUGGCCCAGUUGGACCCUCUCGGCAUCAUGGACGCCGAUCUGGACUCGUGUGUCCCCACUGACAUUAUCACAUCCUCCGACAAGCUGGGCUUCUACGGCCUGGAUGAGUCAGACCUGGACAAGGUGUUCCGGCUGCCCACCACCACCUUCAUCGGAGGCUCAGAGAGCGCGCUGCCGCUCAAAGAGAUCAUACGGCGACUGGAGAUGUCGUACUGUCAGCACAUCGGAGUGGAGUUCAUGUUCAUCAACGACCUGGAGCAGUGUCAGUGGAUCAGACAGAAGUUUGAGACUCCUGGAGUGAUGCAGUUCACUCUGGAGGAGAAGAGGACACUGCUGGCCCGAAUGGUCCGCUCCACCAGGUUUGAGGAGUUCCUGCAGAAGAAGUGGUCUGCAGAGAAACGUUUUGGUCUGGAGGGCUGCGAGUCUCUGAUCCCGGCUCUGAAGACCAUCAUCGAUAAAUCCUCUGAGAAGGGUGUGGAGAACGUCAUCAUGGGCAUGCCUCACAGGGGUCGUCUGAAUGUUUUGGCCAACGUGAUUCGUAAAGAACUGGAACAGAUCUUCUGUCAGUUUGACUCCAAACUGGAAGCUGCUGAUGAGGGCUCCGGCGAUGUGAAGUACCAUCUGGGGAUGUACCAUCGUCGUAUCAACCGCGUGACGGACAGGAACAUCACGCUGUCUCUGGUAGCCAACCCGUCUCACCUGGAGGCCGUGGACCCUGUGGUGCAGGGAAAGACCAAAGCUGAGCAGUUCUACUGCGGAGACAACGAUGGCAACAGGGUGAUGUCCGUCCUUCUACACGGAGACGCAGCGUUUGCAGGUCAAGGUAUUGUCUAUGAAACCUUCCAUCUGUCCGACCUUCCGUCCUACACCACGCACGGCACCGUGCACGUCGUCGUCAACAACCAGAUCGGUUUCACCACAGACCCUCGUGUGGCUCGCUCGUCUCCGUAUCCGACAGACGUGGCUCGAGUCGUCAACGCUCCCAUCUUCCACGUCAACGCCGACGACCCCGAGGCCGUCAUCUACGUGUGCAAGGUGGCCGCAGAGUGGAGGGCCACGUUCCACAAAGACGUGGUGGUCGACCUGGUGUGUUACCGUCGGAUGGGUCACAACGAGAUGGACGAGCCAAUGUUCACUCAGCCGCUGAUGUACAAACAGAUCAAGAAGCAGAAGCCCGUUCUGCAGAAAUAUGCAGAGAAACUGAUUGCAGAGGGAGCCGUCAGCAGGCAGGAGUACGAGGAGGAAAUUGCUAAAUAUGAUAAAAUCUGUGAGGAGGCGUAUGCUCGUUCUAAAGAUGAGAAGAUCCUCCACAUCAAGCACUGGCUGGACUCCCCCUGGCCCGGUUUUUUCACUCUGGACGGACAGCCGAAGUCCAUGAGCUGCCCCUCGACCGGUCUGACUGAAGAAAACCUGAACCAAAUCGGACAGGUUGCCUCCUCCGUCCCUGUGGAGGACUUCACCAUCCACGGAGGUCUGAGUCGUAUCCUGAAGGGCCGCGGUGAGAUGAUCAAGAACCGGACCGUGGACUGGGCUCUAGGAGAGUACAUGGCCUUUGGAUCGCUGCUGCAGGAGGGAACCCACAUCCGACUGUCGGGACAGGACGUGGAGCGAGGAACCUUCAGCCACCGUCAUCACGUCCUCCAUGACCAGAACGUGGAUAAGAGGAUCUGUAUUCCCAUGAACCACGUGUCUCCUGACCAGGCGCCGUACACCGUCUGCAACAGCUCGCUGUCUGAGUACGGAGUCCUCGGCUUUGAGUUGGGUUUUGCGAUGGCGAGUCCCAACGCUCUGAUCCUGUGGGAGGCUCAGUUUGGAGACUUCCACAACACGGCUCAGUGCAUCAUCGACCAGUUCAUCUGUCCCGGUCAGGCCAAGUGGGUCCGACAGAACGGCAUCGUGCUGCUGCUGCCACACGGCAUGGAGGGCAUGGGUCCAGAACAUUCUUCAGCUCGUCCGGAGAGAUUCCUCCAGAUGUGCAAUGACGACCCCGACGUCAUGCCGAACAUCACGGAGGACUUUGCAGUGCGUCAGCUGUAUGACUGUAACUGGAUCGUGGUGAACUGUUCUUCUCCUGCAAACUACUUCCAUGUUCUUCGACGACAGAUUCUCCUCCCAUUCAGGAAGCCUCUGAUCAUCUUCACUCCCAAGUCUCUGCUGCGUCACCCAGAGGCCAGAUCCAGCUUUGACGAGAUGCUGCCUGGAACUCACUUCCAGAGGUUGAUCCCAGAAGGAGGCGCAGCAGCGUUGGAGCGUCCGGAGGAGGUGAAGAGAAUCAUCUUCUGCACCGGGAAGGUUUAUUAUGAGCUCACCAAAGAGAGGAAGAACAGAGGGAUGGAGGGCAACGUGGCCAUCGCCCGCAUCGAGCAGUUGUCUCCGUUCCCGUUCGACCAGGUGAAGGCUGAGUCGGAACGUUUCUACAACGCCGACCUGGUUUGGUGUCAGGAGGAGCACAAGAACCAGGGUUACUAUGACUACGUGAAGCCUCGCAUCAGAACCACCAUCCAGAGAGCAAAGCCUGUCUGGUACGCUGGUAGAGGCCCAGCAGCCGCUCCGGCAACAGGAAACAAGAACACUCACGUGGUGGAGCUGCGGCGUUUCCUUGACCUCGCCUUCGACUUGGACGCAUUCAGCGAUCAGCAGUAGACAUACAACACCUGGAAUAAACCCUCACCUGUCUGACCUUUGACCCCCAACGCUCCUCGAUUCAGUUGUCACACUCAGACUGCAUCUCUCUCUCACACACACACACACACACACACACACACACACACACACACACACACACACACACACUGACUGCUUACUCUAGUCUGUACUGUUGAAGGAAAAGUACACAAAUAAAUAUUCGCUCAUUCGUUGCUUCGUUACUGCAAAUAUCGUAAAAUACUAAGUCCUGCUACGUCACAGUACACCAACAGAACUCCACACAGAUUUUCACAAAGUUUACAGUCUGUUUUUAUUCAACAGAAAUGAAUGUUCAGAAUGUCUUUCUAAAUUCAGACAUGUUGACUCCUUUUAUUUCUUCAUCUUACAAAGCAGUGUACUAGAUACUGCAGUGCUGUCAGGACGGCCGUCGCACUUUAAAUGUCGACAGUUUAAUUUAAUUGUAAUUCUGCUAAACAUUUUCUCACUGAACAGAUUAUGUGAUUAUUAAACAGUUAUUGAACACACAGUUCGACGAUCAAACGGUUCAUUUUGCUGCUACAGUGACUCUGAGCUGUUGUUUACAUUAAGUGGAGGAAGCUUGUGAGUCGUGACAUCAUCACGAGGAGCCGAGUGUGAAUAAGGUUCAGGCUGUCCACAUACUUUUGGCCCUGCAGUGAAGUUUAAAAUCAGUUGCUGAUUAAUGAGGUUCUCAUUUAUUGAAAAACAGAGUUUUAGAAGUAGUGUGUGUACAGUGUGUACUUUAUGGUAUCAGUAUGUAGUAAAUACUGAACAAUAUGUGCAUGCUAACGUGUUAGCACACUGUGUGCUACUUUUCUUUAUCAGCUGUACAGACGUCAUCUUUCUUCAAAAACUCAGUCUGCAGCAUCAGUUCUGUGACGUCAGUAGUUCAGCAGCAGCAUCUGGCUCGACUCCACCACACGGUUUUAUAAAGUCAUUGCAAAAUAGUCUUUUUUGGUUGAGCGGGACAGAAACUUGAAUAAACUCUAAAAUUGACAACUUUUUGAAUGAAAUCUGGUUCAGUCUCAAAACGAUUUUCUCUGCAGCACUGCAGACACGUUCCACUCAGUAACCAAUCAGAGUUCAGAUCUGACUGAGCGCUACGAGAGCUGACUUGUUUAAGGUAACAUUGUAUAGAAGCGUCUGGUGGAGUGAAGCCUGAAGCUGAUUAUAAGGCUGAGAAACACACACACACACACACACACACACACACACACACACCUUCCUCCGUCCACACACACACAUUCUCACACUCCAGCUUCCCCUUCGUCAUCAUCACUCCCCCACACACAGCCCGUCAUCACACUCCAUCAUCAGCUUUUCUUCACCUGAAAUGUUGCAGGAAACAUUUUAUUUUUACUUUUUAUUAAAUGGCUCGUUAGUAUAAUUAGCAUCAUUAGCACUCCCCAUUGAAAACAAAUGGGAGCCCCGCUAGUAGGGAGAGUAAUAUUAUUUAUGGCUUGGAAUCACUACAGCAGGUGGAGGUUGUUUUAGUUUUGUUUUGCCUUUCAGCAGGUGUGUUAGCUCAUUAAGGAAAGCCUGUAAUUAGUCACCAUGGCAACGCUUUACUCGCACACUGAGAUUUUAUUGUUGUUUAUUUUGAAGGGAAGUUUUAGGAUUAAAUGGGUCUGCAGACGUCCCAACAUGAACCAGAUGCACUGCUGAUGAUCCCCUCAGCUUGUCUCCUCUCCCUCGCUGUCGAGCAUUUAUCCCGUGCCAAAAUGGAUCGGAGCGUCUCGUGUUCUCAAUAUUUCUUCGUGUCCGGCGAGCAGCUGAAUGAACUCUGUCAGCAGGAAAACAAAAUGUCCGCAAACAAACGACAACAGAAGAUGAAAUCGGCUGCAGGUGGUGUUUUGGGCUUCUGUGAGACAAAGAAAAUGAUUUAUUUAUUUUCAUAAAAGGGGAUUAAAAUUCUCUUCAUUAUUUUGCUUCAUUCAAUAAAGUAUCCUGUAUGUACUGAAA